CUUGUCCAACGCCUAGUCAAAGAAUUUCCAGCUCUACUCGAGCAUAAAAACGAGGACAAGUACAAUCCCAUUUUUAUGGCUAUCAAAGCGUCUCACUAUCAGCUCGUCGACUACAUGGUCAAUGCAUGUACAGUGAUAAAGACAGGUACCUUGCAUAAGCAAUCACUUGACGUCGCUCUGAGAGAAAAAAUGAUAGAAGGCAAAACGUGUCUCCAUCUUGCGAUAAAAGAAAAUUUCGAUUCAAAAACCAGGAAGGUACUAGUCGAAAACGCCAGCGACGAGGCCUUAGCUAUCCAAGAUGAUGUUGGGAAAACGCCCAUGCAUUAUGCUGCGGAAUACAAGCGCUGCACCGAUGACGGUGCAGAACUCAUAAAGUUGUUCAUCGAGCGGGACUUAAAAGCCAUGAACAGCUCAAAAAGCCCUUCGAAGACAUUCCUCGAUCUUCUUGACAACAGUGGCGCCUCAGUUUAUUUGCUGCAUCGUACAGAGCGGCUCACGGAAAAACGUCAGUCACAUGAGCGCAACUCGCAAAACUUACCCCGAAUUUCAAAAUCUGAGGAAGAGAGGCCCGCUGCAAAAACCAAGCGUGAUUCUCCCAGGACCAAGAAUUCAAAUAAUAUUCUACAGCGCCUGAAGCUGCACUACAUGAGAACGAGAAGCACUGAAAUGGUCAUCUCCUUCCUAUAUGGUAACAACUUGCAAGAUAUUCAAGUUAGCUUUGACUAUGAUAAGCUACCUCGACAAAUACAAUGGUCCAAUUUCCUCAGUCGCUUUGGCGCCGAUUCUAAUUCUGAUCGCCUCAGAUUCGAUAGUGUGCUACAAUAUGUGACUUUCCCCAAAGUUCAAGUCCAAAUCAAGGGACGUCAUGCCGAUCUUGAGCGGGAGGCUGAGGAGCAGUCUGGAGUACGCCAAGUUGGAGUUUCUGGCUGCAAAGAUAUGAAGUACUUCUUUGAUUGGCUUAACAAGAAGGGUGUUCGACACAUCAUUACUUUGUCCGUGGAAGACUCCAGAGAUUCUGAAGAGAAGGUCCACAGCGACCAAGUUAUCCAGGAAUCCCUUGAGAAAUUUACUAUUGAACAUCUCGACUGGAGGAAGACUGACUUGGACCCAGAAACAAUACUACAUGUAGGCAGCAAGGCUACUAUACUACAUGUAGGCAGCAAGGCUACUAUGGCACAGAAUUCUACGAUGUGCAACGAAAGGAGCAUACAAUCGAUUCCUCAACAACUAAGACAGCUCUCCCUGAAAUGGAGCGGCAGUAAUUCCGUGCUUCGAGCCUGGAGUGAGCCAGAAGGCUUGCCAUUAUUACCCUGGCUUCAGAAAAUACAUUUAUACAAACUUUCUUCUAAUCUGCAGUACGAUAGCCCGCAUUGGAUCCAAGCAAACGUGGAAAAGUUCAAAAUAAGACUCAAUGCCAACAGAAAGGCUAUUCGAGAUCGAGAGGUCACAGUCUGUGCCGAUCAAAACAGUUUUUCUGAUGAUGGUGUAGCAUUUGGCGACGUCGAGGUCGACAUAAUCGACUCAGACAAGGAAGCAGAGUUCGCAACCAGAUCUCGUGACACUCCUCACUUCUCGUUAACCAUCCCAAAGGGUAUUAACUCACAUAAGUGGCUGGAUUCCACUAUUAGGUUUGCAGCUGAGAUGGAGCUUUUUUGGCGCAAAACGACUCUGGAGUUCAAAUCUUCGAAACACAAUCUGGACCCAACAAAAAAGAUAGCUAGCGACGUCAUUGUUGCCUUGAUCGACGACGGUGUAGAUAUGUUCGACGCAGGCCUUUCUGACAGGGUUCUCGAAGGUAAGAGCUUCGACUUCCACGACGGAAAGGUCAGGCCAUCAUUUUCGUCAGCGGAUGGUCAUGGCACAGUCAUGGCCAGCAUGAUAUUACGGGCUUGUCCCAUGGCCAAAGUGUAUCCAAUCCGCCUCAAAACGUAUCCAAAUUCCAAUGGUAAGAGUAAUAUCGAUGCGGACUACGCGGCUCAAGCUAUCUUAUCCGCUCUUAACAAAAAGGCUGACAUUAUCUCAAUGUCUUGGACACUGCCAAUGUCAGGUGACAAGAGUGUGCAUGAUGCCCUGAAAAAGGCCGUAGAUGGCAAAGCCCUGAUGUUCUGCUCUGCACCCGACGAAGGCAAAUUCACGAAGCGUGAUUAUCCAAGUGGUCCAUGGCGCGAGGACUUCUUCCGCAUUGGCGCCGCGCGUGCCGAUGGCACUGUUUUCGAAUGGACACCAGAAGACGGCAUCACGUACGUCCUACCAGGCGUUGAUGUUAUUAGAGACCAAGCCAGCAGCAACUCCUUUGGGUGGGGUUCGGCAGCAAGAUUCACAAAACGUAUAGAAGACUUCAAGUAUGAGACUGGAUCAAGCGUCGCGACAGCACUAGCAGCCGGCCUUGCUGCCAUGAUCAUUUAUUGCAUAAAGUCUAGUAUAAUGAGCAUGAAGAUAAGGAAUCAAAACAAAUAUCCGAUCAUGGGUGCUGCGAUUGGUGAUAAUGAUGCGAGUCUUAUUGCUGCCCCAGAUGCCAUGAAACGAGCAUUUGCUCGCUUGGGCAACGUUACGCCAAACAGAUUUAUCCAGGUCUGGGAGAAGUUUGAUGAGAUUAGUGAAAUCUUGAAGACAUUGAGAAGGGAAGAGUCGAGCCCGGAGGAGAAAGUCAAGUGUAUCGAGCGAUUUGUUGAAUUUGGAAGUGAACUUGCAAAUUCUAUCCGG